CGGUAGCGCGAGGACACAACAGCACACGCAACAGCCGGUUCUGUUCGGGUCCCUCCACCCUCCCCCACGGUGCCAUACGCCACACGGAGCGCGUUCGCGUUAGUAGACACCGGAGUGAGCUGCGUGUGUGCGAUAACAGGAGAGUAAGAGCGAUCGGGAGAGCGAAGGAAAAAGAUAGUGGGAAAGAGCGAGAGAGGCUGUGGCAACAUCCUCCAUCCUCGCAUGUAGAGUGCGCGCGCGCGCACCCCCGUGAGACGUGAGAUGAGCGUGCGAUUCCGGCGCGGUUUUCCCGAUCGUACGAACCGCGUGUUUUGGUGAGCUGUGUCUGUCCCCAUUGCUAGCUGUCAAACGGGGGCCCUUUUUCGCCCCACUGUUUUCCGCGUGCGUGCGUGUGUGUGUGUGUCUGUCUGCAGCAGUUCGGUCGCGCACGGUGCGCGCUUAUUGUGAUUGUUGUGUGCACCACGUGUGUGCAUCGAUAUUCGAAAUUGUGGUGCGUGAGACGUCGUCAGAGGAAGAAGAGGAAGAAGCAAAAGAAGAGUAAAAACAGCAUCCCCUCCCCCCUUUCCCACCCUCGUUUGUCAAAAAACCGCCGAUCAAAAGUGUCUGCUGGGUGGAUUCCACCGCCCGUGCGCCGAGACGGUGGGAGUGCGCCAUCUUGGUUGCCAUUCGCGCGUCCCGCCGUCGCCAUCGCGGUCGCGCAAUUUUGUCGUGGCAUUCGACGGCCUCUCCUCUGUCUCCCUCCACCCGGUGUCCUGUUGUCGCGUGUGAGUGUGUGUCCCAGUUUAUUAUUAGACCUCGUGAGUCUCGUGAAAGCCGGCCGAAAAGUGCGCGCACCCCGACAGCACCAGUGUACGGGUACGGUACCGGCAGAGCGCGUAGUGCUGUGUUUUUGUGUGUGAGUGUUCCUCAAUGCAAGCAGGCCUCCCCUCCCCCUCUCCCCCACUCUACAGCUGUGUGCCAACCAGCAGAAGCGUCAAGUGCGUGCGGGUACUUCCCGGCCCUGCUCCGCCCGAAAGGGGUACAAUAAUUUGCAUUUUCAUAUGCAAACUAGCGGAUGCACUUGCACCAGUUGCGCGACUGUCUGUCUGUGUGUGUGUGUGUGUCCGUGCAUAUCCGUGCUGGCGGGUCGUGAUUUGCAUUUGCGGUUUGUGCAGGAACCCAUAAUGCGGUCUCGGUGUCUGGUGGCGUGUGCGCUUGGCUGAGACAGAAAAGGGCCAUUCUGGGUGUCGCCGUCGUUCAGGUGUUGUGGCCUUCGCGGCAAAUGUGUGCUCCAGCGGCUUGCUGGAGCUAGCUGAAAGUAGUGAGCGGAAAAGUGUGCAUGUGUGUUUGUGUGUGUGAGAGCUCGUUUUGUUCAUCACAAGUGCAACUGACCCAGCGAGCGAACGAGUGCGCGCGGUGCCGUUCCGGUACACCACAUCCGGUGCGGAACUUUGUGCUCACACACGGGAAGCUCAGUGAAGGUACGCUUGUGUGUGUUUGUGUUUUAGAACGUGUUGGAAGUAAUGGUCAUCCAUGAUAAAAAGUGCUAAAAAGUGAAACAACGCAAACAAACAAACAGAAGUCUGCAAACAAAUAAGCGUUUCAGUGUGGGUUUGAAGUGAAGUUUUGUGCUAAGUAAAGUAACAAACAGUGAUCAAAUACAGCCUAAAUACAAAAAAGUGUUUAUAGAAGCAUAAGAUUUGACAAGUGAAAAGUGUGCACCGUGUACAAGAAAAAGGCGAUCAAAAAUAACAAGGUUAAUUUUCGUAGUGACAACUGCCACCGGAAACGCCGGGUGUCGUGGGCGGAGGGGGGCCCCGUUUUAGUGCGUGUGCAUCCUCCUUUCCGGUUUUACGGGCGUGGUCGGCGCGUGAUGGUGAGGUGCACCGCCGGGUGGCUAACGGCAGCCGUGGGUAGCUGUGGUGGCAGUGGGUCACCCCAACGGUGAACACCGGUCGUCGCAGUGGCCCCCCAGAAUGUGUCCAGUGGUGCCGCGGGGGCCAGCCGAGCGUACGGGCUCAUACUAAUGCUGCUGACUUCACUGCUCUCGUCGGCGUGUUCCCUAGCGGUGCCAUCGGCGGCACAGAAACACUACAGCGGCAGCGGAGGCGGCGGCGGUGGGUUCAGCGAUCAAAAUCACGGCACACUGUCCGCCUCAUCACCAUCAACCGUCGGCACCACACCGUCCACCCUGACGCUCCUUCACGUGGUGCAGCAGCAGCAGCAGCCGGAGCGGAAGCAGCAUGGCAACCACCGGCGACCCGCUGAGCCGACCGCUGCUCUCGGAGCAGACGGGGAGCACGAGUACGGCCAGUGGCCCGACCAUCCCGAUCUGUACAAUCUUACCCUGACGGCGAUGCGCCAGUACCUGCGCAACCACCUGAACGCGUCCCGGUACGGGAAGGCACCGCGCAAGCGCUCCCAUCUGCACGUGGACGCGGUGGACGUGGAGUUCUACCGGCGGUUCAAGGAGUUCAACACCAGCCAGGCCGUGCUGGAUGGAGUGGCCGGUCUGGGGUCGUAUCCGCUCGGUCCUACCCCGAACGGUUCGGUCGGGAUCGGCACGGACGCGGUGGAUCGCGAUGGUCCAGCGGAACCGUUGCCGAGCGUGGUGAACGUUACGUCCGUGCCGGUGGCGUCCUCAUCGGUGGCACCGCCGGCCACCACCGGUCAGCGCGAUUACAGCGUCCUCAUGGACGAUCCGCGCGGCUACAUCACGGUGCCCUCCUCGUUCCCGUUGCGGCCGGGCAAAACGUCCACCACUUGGAACUCCAACUUCGCCCAGCACAGAGGCUACAUCUACUGGUUGGUGUCGUUCUCCGUGCUCUGCGCCCUGGUCCUUGGGCUGUUCGGCGUGUUUCGCUGCCUGCGUGCGACAACCACCGGUACGCGAGCGACCGCCGAAGCGCUGACGCUGCCGAUCCAGUUCCUCACCGACGAUCUCGCUCCUCUAGACGCCAACUUGAACCACCUGCCGGUACCCAUGCUAUCGGUACAGUCACCGGGCUGCGCGGGGAUGGAGCGGCUCGGCGUUCCUGCCCGCGGUUCCAUCGGAUCACCUCCAUUACGGAACGAACGGGCGGGCUUCCAUCACCAACAGCAGUCACAACAGCAGCAACAGCAGCAGCAGCAGCAGCAGCAGCAGCAGCAAUCGCAACAAACUCCACAACAGCAGCAACAGCAGCAACAGUCAGCGCAACAGCAGCAACAAUUGCAGCAAAACCACCACCGCCAUCAUCAUCAUCACAAUCACCACCAUCAUCCACACCAGUAUCAUCAGCAGACGGUGGCGUCAUCCGGGCACAGCAACCUGCGGUUCAGCAGCAGCGAUCUGAUACUGAGCAGCACCACCAGUAGCAACUUUCGCAGCAACAACCACAAUCAAUCCUAUCUGUUCAUUCCGCACCAAUCGAACAACGUCGGUGGUGGUGGUGGUGGUGGUGGUAGUAGUAGUGGUAGCAGUAGCAUCAACUACAAGACGCACUAUAGCAAUAGCUCGUACGGUGGCAGUAGCAUCGGCAGCUCGGCCAGCUCCAACCCGGUGACGACCGGCUUCCCGCACUGCAUCUACCAUGUGCCGCUGCCGGACGGGGAGUUUGGUCCGGAUCGGGACCUGCGGAUACGGACACCGUGCCAGCAAUCGGAAAUACCUCGAACGUACGUGAAAGCCCCACCGAACAAGACCGUGCGUGACGUGCCCGUGCAGUACCAGUCGACGGGUGGGAUCACGACGCACGGCACCACCACCACCGCCACCAUGACCGGUACCGGCGGCAGCUCCAGCCUCGCCAGCUCCAUGGUCGACGUCGCGAGCUACUACGGCAGCGCGAAGACAAUCGCCGGACGGCCGGCGGGCGACGGUGGCCGUCUGGCAGCGGCCACACCCGGGCCCAGUUUAGGCGGUGGCACCACGAGCAGCAGCAGCAGCGCCGCCUGUCAGCAGAAAUCGGUCGACAAGCUGCAGAAGAUUUUCCGGUUUUUGCCAGGUAAAGCCACUAAAUCUUCCACUUCAUCAUCAUCAUCGUCGUCCUCCUCGUCGACGUCGUCGUCGUCGUCCUCUGCUUCCUCCACCUCGUCAUCCUGCGGCGGUGGCAUGAAGCACGCCAGUAAUAUUAACAACAAUCAUCAAGGCGCUGGCACGGGCGUGCUGCCCGGCAGCAGCCACACUAGCAGCACCGCCAGUCUCAACAACAACAACGUCGGCGGCGGCGGCGCCCUCGGUAGCAUAAGCGGAUCCUAUGGACCUAGCAGUAGUAGCGUUAUUAGUAGCAAUCACGCCAACAACAAUCGCGUCGGGUGCGGUGUUGGCGGCAGUAGCGGUAGCAGCGGCGGCGCCAGUAGCGCUGGCAGCAACAUUCGAGUCGAUGGUCGCGGCGGCUUAAGCUUAGCGGCGCCCGGUGCCGGCAUCCACAAUCACAACCAGCACUAUCGAUCUCCUCCCACGCCGGCGGUGGUGGCGGCCACCUCACCGACCUCCUCGUCGGUGUCCUCCUCGUCCACGGCGUCCUCCCCGACAUCGUUAAGCGGCGCGAGGCCAUCGGAAGCGACCGGCCCGGGCGCGGAACCGGGCCACGCACCCUUCACGAUGUGACCGACGGUAAGCGGCGGUGGCGGUGGACGACGCAUCGUGGGCAGUGCAGUGAGCAGUCUUUGAAUUAGGCCUGCCUUCGCGCGCAUCAUCUUGCCCGAUCGUCGCAUCCUCCGUCGUUGGCCGCGAAGCCGCUUAGUGUCGAACCCCAAUUAUUUAGCUAAUCGAUGUCGUGAUACUAUUUGUGAUGAAGAGUUAGAAAUGGGCAUGGAGUGACGGGCUCUGGAGUGUGCUGGUUGUGUUGCGGUGGCGAUGCGGGAUGAGCUGCUAAAGUAAGGGAUGGACUGGAUUGGUUUGUGGGGCAAGCAAACAAAAGCUGUCAAAUAGCAUUGCGGGUCGCAACGAAUCGAAAGGCCAAGUACAAAUCUUAGCUCUACUGUGACUGCGCGAGCGUGUUGAUCGUUUUCUUCGGUAACGGUAACAAAUAGGAUCGUUUGUAACGUGUAACGUCUGCUCCAUUUUGUAUUGCACUGUGACCGAUACUAGUCAUAGAAUUGUAAUUCGUGGAAGGUGCCUUUCCACGAUCUUACCUUGGUCGUUGUGUUCUACGGCAAAGCGUGCUCUACACGCGCCCACUGGAUGUUUUUAUUCGUGAAAUCUUAUUCAAACUAAUGUAAAAAACCCCAACAUUAAAACAUUGGAUCGAUCGUUGAGAUUGAUUUUUUAUUGUUGUCGUGUUGCUCCUUACAACUCCUAGCUCCUUACAACUCUCCCCUAUCGAGCUCAUGAGCCUGCUUCGAAGCCUCAAAACCCGCGUCAGAGCAAUGUUUAAAUAGGAAGUAGCAAAUAUUAAUCGUAGAACAUAUAACAAAAAAAACACACACACACACACGCCGCUGGAACUAAUUUAGUCCGCUCUGACCAUAUACUCUUGUAUUGCCCAGUGACAGCAAACAUAAACAUAAACAACACAGCCUGAAGAAGAUAAGGCAGGAGGCUGCACACGGGCCAGCAUUAACAGCGAUGAAGGGGAGGAGCAGUACAUUUAAAAAAAAAAACAGGAAAGGAAGAACACGGUUAAAAAAAGUAAAUACACAAAAAGAAUCGAGCUGUACAUUUUAUGCGCGUAUCUUAAGAUUUCUAAGCAUAACUAAACUAUAAAACUAGAUUUUUAAAAGCAAACACCAUAGGUAGAGAGCGAGCGAGAAACGAUGAACGAAAUGGAUUAGGUGGAAACGGUAGAAUGGAAACGUAACGCGAAUGGAUUGAACCGAACGGGAGUAAAGGAAGGGAAAAGAAGGUGAACAAUAUUGUAAAAAAACUAUUAUAAAUUAAACUAAAACAAACUUCGAUGUGCAACAACACACCCUAUGCGGUUUAGGAGAGCGUGAGCGAGCACAGCAUUGAAAAUGGGGGGGGGGAAAGAAGUACGAGAAGUACACGCGGUUUAUUUAGUCGAAAUCGAGCGCAAGAAAGGGAAGAGAAAACACGUGGUAAAACACACACCCACUCAAAAAUACACUUAUACCAGGUGACAACCAACAAGUAAACCAAUGAAUAAAGGGAAAAAUAAGCGCGAACCAGGGCCGCGUUAAAGGAUAAAUAUGUGUGUGUGUGUGGUUGGGAUGCGUCGUUGUUGCGUUUGUGGUGUGAUUCGAAAGAAAGCGUGCCGACGACGUCUGUCUCUCACUUUCUCAUUCUUCCCCGACAGACGGGCGCGUUCCUGACGGACGGCGAAAGCAAGGACGAACUCUAUGAGCAGGUGUGUACGUGUGUUGAAAUGUGUGUGUUUGUGUGUCAGUGUGAUGGAAUGGAAUCUAGCAAAAAUGUUCUAUUUGUUAUAAGUUGUAUUAUUUAAGUAAAUCAAUUUGUCACGUGCGAGAAGUAUGUGUGUGGGUAGGGGUGGUGAGUGUGAAUCAUGUUUGCAUGUUUUUUCGUCAUAUGUGUGAGUGUGUGUGUGGUUAAACAAAGAGAGAGAGAGAGAGAGAGAGAAAGAGAGAGAGAACGCGAGGGAAAGAUAUAAGCAUUCAUAGGAGAAAUAAUGAUGAGUCAAUCAAAGAUAAACAUAAUUCAUAGACAAAUAUGCCCAAUACUACCUACACUUGCUCACAACAGCACACAUAGAACGUCAGCAUGCAAUGCUGAUCGAAGAAUAAUAACACACACACACACAAAACACAGUGUAACUCAAACGUAUCGCUUAGUAAUCGCUUAGUAAACAGAAGCUCCUUACAUGGACGAGGAGGCAAGGCAUUCGAAUCAAUAGUCAUACAUGUUCUGCAAUAAACAGGAAACCGAAGGAUAAUAAUAACGAAAUACUAACUACCACCACUACUGGCUACUACCACAACUACUACUACUACUACUAGUACUAUUCAUUACUGUUACUAUCAAUAUUGCUGCAUCGUAUAACCGGAUAGAGACAGUUGCCGCAAAGCCAUUUACCAACAACAGCAAAAUACAAUAAAACAAACUACUGCUUCUGCUACUAAACACAAACGCUCGCUCGUAAAAACCUAACCUACAAUUUGUGUGCCACAAAUGUUCACCUCAAAUUGCAAACAAAACAGCAACAGACACAAACACUAACUGCCCCUGCAAGACGGGGUCCACUGAAUGCAUACAUUUUCCUCACAUAACAAAACAAUAAAUGCCGUUCUUUCUGAAAAAAAAACAAUAAAUGAAAAUAGCGCAACAAAACCAGAGAGUAAUGACACCAGAAAGCGAAGAAUAGGAUAAGAAAAUAGAAGGACUAACAAACAAAACAAACAGAAGGUAAAACAAUGGACAACAGUUCAGCGUUUGCUCUCUGCAGCGCCAACUACAGCGAAAAAAGCGAAACUAAAACUACCUUUUAGCUAAAUAAUGUGUGUACUAAUGACACUUGUGUAAACACCUUUUUAUUUAGCGAAUGCAACAACCACGCAAAAAAGUAACAACAAGAAGGAGAAGAAAAACCGCACACCAGGAAUCCACUAUAACUACUACCACUACUACUAAUACUACUUACGACUACUACUAACUACUACAACUACUUGGCUGGGAAUGUGUAAUCUUUCUAAUAGUAUGAAAAUGUGUGAAGCACCAGAACCAGCAAAAUGAAGAGAGAGAGAGAGAGAGAGAGAGAGAGAGAGAGAGAGAGAGAGAGAGAGAGAGAGAGAGAGAGAGAGAGAGAGAGAAACUGCUGAACAGGGAGCUGAAGAGUUUUAAAGAGAGACGUUUAUUAUCUUAACUAUUAUAGUUUCAAUUAGCAUGGAUUAUUGUCAGUACUAAUGUUAUUAUUUAAAAGGGGAAAGGCCCCUUUACAACUAGACCCCCCGUGCAUGUCAAACAGGCGCGGUGAGUGUGGUGUAAAAAAAAACAGUGAAACGGCUCUAGCGAUAAGAAAAAGGCAGAAGGGAAAGUCAACAGAGUGGAGUGGAGUUGAGAUAGGAAAAUUUGUAAAACAAGUAAAGCAAGUAAGGCAAGGGCGACAAAAAAGAAGGAGAACGGUUCGUCCACGGAACGCGCCUAAAUGUAGGCAAUGCAUUAUACUUCCUUUUAAUGUAAGCUACCGAUGGGGACGGUGUGUGUUUGUGUGUGCCUAUGCUGCCGGGAGUGAAAAUAGGGACAGAAACGGAGUGUGUUCUUCAAACACAUACAUACACACCAGGUAACGAGAUAAACAAAAAAUAUAUUUAUUGUGUAGACGUUCUUUUUUUGUUUCUUAUUGUAAUAAUGAUGGGUAACAACAGUAAUGCAAAUGUGUUUUAUUUUAGAUCAAAUGGUUAGGAGUAGCCCGAUAGCGAGUGAGAGAUAGAGAGAGAGAGAAGGAGAGAGAGAGAGAGAGAGAGAGAGAGAGAGAGCAGAUCAGGGUUCACCAUGUGUGGCUUAAUUUGCGCCCGAGUUUGGCCAGCUUCAGGGGAAAGGGUUGAUUGUUUGUAGACAAACGAGCAGAAAAGAGCAGCAAGAUUUGAUCUGUUGCAUAGUGAAUUGGAAAAUCCAAACCCUUGAAACUGAGCCAAUCUCGCCCCAAAAAAAAAGGCGCACAUAACGAACCUUGUAGCAGAGCGGCGAGCAGAGCUAGGUAAAAUGUGCUCGUAACAGAGUUGGCAAGAAGGCAGACCGGUGCGUGUAGUGAAAGUGAAUGUAUGACAAAUUUGUGAUAAAUAUUUAUUUAACGAAUGAUUAGUAUCGACAUUUGAUGAUUCGAUGGUGGUCAGCAGCAUGUGCCAGCAGGUUGUAACGAGGGUGUAUGCGGGAGCGAAGGAGGAAAGAUUGGAAACUCAUCAAAGUUGGAAAUCGGCGGACUAGAGGUCAACUUGAUCAGCGAAAUUAACGAGGAUUAUUUAUUUGUUUUGUUGCACGUCGAUUACAGGCUUCCUUUCCAUUUUAUAACGGAAGGACCUUCCCUUUUUAUUCAUUCACAAAAAUAGGCAUUUGAUCUUGCUGGUAGCGAUUAAAGAGUACAGCGUUCCACAGCACACAGCGCAAUAGUAGCAAAGGCAGUAUCAAUCUUAUACCCCGCCGUGUAACUGCUGUUUAGCAUGAAAACAUCAACAUAUUUAAAUCGGCAUUAAACUUGGAACUAUCGACAGAGAAAGAGAGCAAGAAACAUGAUCGGAAAGGGAUGCAGCAGCGUGCAGAGUAGAGAAGAAGAAAAAAAUGGAAAAAAGAAACUGAAAUCGAAAUGUGAUAAAUGGUAACGGAAUGGAAAAUCGAUUGUACGUGUGCGCGUGUAUGUGUGCGUAUGUGUGUGUGUGGGUGUAUGUAUGUAUGCUCACAGCGUCACGUGCUCUCCCAUUGCACAGUGGAGCGGUGUGUGUGUUCAUUGAAAGCUCUGGUGUUCAUUAAUUCAUUAAGGGUGUGUCUAGCAACAUGUGGAUGUGACGACAUGGGUUGAUGCAAAAGCGAACCCUUCCAGUUGCGGAAGAGCAGUCGCGCGGUCCAAUCAUUCUUUGCAUAGGCAUCGAUAGAAACAACAAGAAAGAUCGAAAAUGAUCUAUAGAAAAGAAAGGAAAAAAGGACCAGAGUGUGCAACUUGGACGUGUGUCCUGUGGUUCUGUCUGUGUGCACUGCGCGUGCAAGCGGGAAGGGGCUGAAGCGAGUUUCUUCGGCUACGGUGAUGAUGUUUAAACUUAUCCUAAUCGAAUCGUUGUUUUUUGAUAGCGUAGACUAAAUAAUUAAAUCCGUGUUCUGUGCAUCAGGCUAAUCAACGCAAGUGAGCGGGAGUGGGAGGGAGAGAGAACAAGAAAAACAGAAGAAAAUCACCUAUUGGCGAAUGUUUGACGCUAAAAAGAAUGAAAAAAGAAUUUAAAAAAAAAAGAUGAACCAAAAAUUUGAUAUAACGUGAACUUGGGAUGAUGAGAAAAAUGGCAGAAUAAGCUCUUAUAAAUAUGAAUAUGAAACAGAAAGGAAAAAAAUACAGCAGGCGAAGAAGGAGGAGGAAAAAAUACAUAUUAAGAAUCGAACAUACAACUAAAGGAGAGAAAAUAGACAGCAACCGUAAUCGUGUAACGCGUAACGCUUCCCGCGAUUACGAUCAACCCCUUCAAACCAGGCAGCAGAUAAAGCAGACUUCCACUUAAGCGCUGGAGCGGCCCCGCAAGUGCUUGGCUUGGCGCUCUGUUCCUGUUUCGUUUUUUAAUUCGAUGCUUUCCGUACUUCUUUGUAAAUGGCGUCCUUUUGAUUUCAACCAUUUCCUUCCUAGCGGGGUGUAGCUCGAGGGGCGUUUGUUACCGAUCAUUCAAACGCAGUAAGUGUCCAAUAGCUUUAUACAAACGAAUGAUAACUCAAGUAAUGCAUACCAGGACCAGGUAGGGAGAGGUGAGGGGUGGAAUUGAUAGUUUUGUGUGCAGAAUAGGGAGAAAUAACAAACGCAAACAAACAAACAAACAAACAAACAUAAGAAAUGUUGUUUUGUGGAAGCAACUGAAACAAUAGAGCAAGGAAAACAAUAAUGAUUCAGAGCAGCAACACAAAUAGAUAUACAACAGGUGACACGCGGACAGUUAUAGCACAAUUAUGUAGUGUAACGUAAGUAUGUAAAGCCAAGCUAAUCCAACACACUCACACAUAAGAGAAAGAGCAGGAACAUAAUAAGAAAUUAAUCCAAUUAAAAAUACAACAGGAAAUAAAGUAAAAAAAAAAAACAAACAAACUAGAUAAAAGCUCGUUCCUUUUUGU